CGUCGUCGUUUACACAGAAACUGGUGACGUUUGUCGAUUGUCUUGAAUCUUUAUGUUAUGGAACCUUUAGCAACAACAAGUAAAUGUGUACGAUAUGAGCAUCGAACCUGAACCUAAAAAACGUAAAAUGGAGCCGCACAUUGGAGGUGAUAAUGGGACUAUCCAGAAUGAUUCUUCGAAAUCUGCUCACAAUUUGGCUUCUCAAUCAGCGAGUGGUGAUUUUGGAGCGGACGAUUUGCACCAAUAUGUAAUGGCAUUACCAGGAGACGAAGGAGUGUCGAACCCUGCUAACUACAAGAUUAUUCGUCAAGGAUGUGCCCUAGGGGACGAAUGGGUUCAAACCUACCCUCCCCCUCUAAGCUCGUAUCCAGCUCGAAGCAUAAAAACCGGAAACAGUUUCUAUGAUAGUUUUGUUCACAAUAUUUCAAAAUUAGCUGGUCUUCGACCCCUGAGAACACUAGCUAGAGGUAGAUCAGGGGCAAUUAUAUUAGCACAGGAUCUGCACAAGACGAACCAUUAUAAACAGAGCGAGUAUAUUCCAGUGGUCCUCAAAUUGAACUCCUCCAAGCCGCGACGGAAACCCAAAAUCCCAGUCAAAACAGAUAUGGAUGAGGAAAUGAGGAUUUUCAAAGAGUUAAAUCAUUGUAACAUUGUUUCUUGGAUUAGCAACAUUAGCUAUCAUGGCCGAAUUGGAAUCGUUAUGGAAUUUUGUGAAAAUGGCAACUUGGAGCAGUUACUGCGACUACACGAUGCACGUUUUUUAACGGAACCCGUAUGCAGGAGAUAUUUCAGAAAUAUCUUUGACGCAGUGGAAUAUAUUCACCUACAAAAUAUAGCCCACAGAGAUAUCUGUACGCAAAACAUUUUCAUAACUUCCCACAAUACUUUAAAAUUAGGAGAUUUUGGGCACGCUGUGUAUUUCUUUACAGGAGAUCAGUUAUUUGAGGAUGAGUGUGGAACCAUUGGGUUUCAGGCCCCAGAAAUAGUCAACAAGCAAGCCUACAACCCUAAAUACGCUGACAUUUGGUCAUUGGGCUGUACCCUGUAUCUUAUGUCUACCGGUCGGCUUCCUUUGGGAGUCAUUCCUGAUCAAAUUAAGGAGCGUGCACCCAAAGAAAUCCAGUUUCCGGAGAAACGUGUUUUGGAUAUAUCGCAACCUCUGAGAGAGAUCGUCCGUGGUGCCCUCGCCUUUAAUCCUGGCUUACGCUUUACUUUGAAUCGGAUCAAACAUUGCGAUUGGAUAAAGGAUUCCUGUAGUAAAGUCCAAAUAGGAAACUUUCACAUAAUCCGGCAACCUCGGAAGAUCCGAGAAGGGGAGGUGGAACAGGCGCUCAAGAAGCGAUAUGAAAUCUAAGUUUUUCUAUUCCUGGAGAAUCUUCAAUCAUGUAUCUCAUUACCGUUAUGUGUUUCUCAUUUACUUCUUCAAUAUAAAAAAAUCAGUCAAUGCAAAUUUUAGUAAAACAAUUUUUAGCCCAAUUUUAGAUGUCAAAGUAACUUUUUAUUGCAUAUCAGGUCUUUUAAACCAAACUGUGUUAAUAUAUCAUAUGAAAGAAAUUACCCAACAAUUUUUUU